AUGACUAUUUUCCCGGAGGCUUGCCUCCACCACAAGGGUUUUUUUGGCUCUGAUCAUCGGGCUCUUCUUUUUGACUCUCAAGGAAAAUCUUCUCAAUCCUCUCAUCGAAGUUCCAAAAGGUUUCUCUUUGAAAAUGUCUGGCUCACCAAUCCUAAUUGGUCCAAAACUCUGGUUUCGUUUUGGACAAAUCAUGGGAAUAAUUCUAGUGCCCUUACCAACGCGGUGGCUACGCAAUCUGCUUGUGGCAACAAUCUCAAUAAUUGGAACCACAAGUUAGGUUUCCAUUUCAAACAACAAAUUAGUACCCUGGAAAAGGAACUUGAUCAAGUUAAGAGCAGACCUAAUUGGGAUGCCAACACUGUUCAAAGAAUUAAAACUGUGCAAUCCCAUUUGGAUAUACUUCUGCUUAAAAAACAAACCUAUUGGAAGCAAAGAGCUAAAAUAUAA